AGGACAGAGCAUUAGACAUUGUCAAGCUCAGUGUGACGUUUUUGUUUGGUUGCGAGUUACUUCCGUGUGCGCAUGUAUUAGUUGGCCUUUUCGUUGACCCAGUCGUGUUUUUUUUUUGGUAUAAGUGCCAACUCUAUCUCCUGCUAUCUGUUUCGCCUCAUUAUUGCCUUCCGUUUUUCCUCCUCACUUCGUUCCUUAGCCAUCUUCUUUCUCUCACUCGAUCAACCGACUCGGUGCUCUUCGUCCGCCAUGAGCGCUCUCUUCGAUUUCGAAACCAUCUUGUACGUGCUGCUGCUCAUUGUGUGCGCAGCGACGUACCUGCGUCAGUUUCGGCCCACCCUGUACCACCGCGAUAGCGCACAGCUGUACAAGAAGUUCCUCUACAAGUGCAGCGUCGUAGGCGACCGCCUCUCCCCGUGGGUGUCGCUCUGUUGUCUGAUUUUGGCGUUUCGGGUCAUCUUUGUGUAUUAG